AUGGAAAGCAGCGCCACGGGAUACGAGAGGAGUUUCGGCGGUGGUUAUGGGGCCGCUGUUAGCGGCGGCGGCGGCGGUGGUGGGUUAAGGUCGCACCGUUCCGUUUCGUUGGAUCCUAGACAAGCCAUUCCAGAGGACUGGAUAGACAGGUGGUGCUACGGCGAGGUGCUCAAGGUGACGGAGGACGGCGUGCGACUGUGGGUGGACGCCGUUCGCAGUCGCAUCGACGUGCCGCUCUCGCUCGUCGCGUCGCACCUCUCCUCCGACCCCUCCGUGCUCUCCGGAGACGCCGCCGGAGACGCGCGCGACGCUGGCGCUGCGGGGUUGGCGGCAUCGGGAUUGUCGGGCGGCGGUGGUGCGGGCAGGGACGGCGCGGGCGCGGGCAGGGAUGGGAGUCCGGUGGGAGAUGAUGGGCUGUCGGGCACGGGCGGGAGGCAUCGUGGGGGUGGUGGUGGUGCUGCUGGUGGUGCUGGCAAGAGGAGCUCUGCGCACCAUGGGACCAGGACCGCGCAAAGCGGGCGCGGCGGCGGCGGCGGCGGCGGCGGCGGAGGAGGAGGAGGAGCGGGGGGCGCGGCGAUGGGGACGUGCUCGACGUGCACGCUGGCGAUUCGCGAGCUGCCGGUGGUGGGGUGGGAGUGCGGGCACAAGUCGCACUUCGCGUGCGUGGGACGGCGCCUCAACAAGGGCCUUACCGACUGCGCUUUCUGCCUCACGGUCAAGCCGCAUGCAAGGGGAGCAGUGGACGCAUUACUGGAGGAGGUGUGGUUCUGGUGUGUGUGCGGGCACCACUGCACCAUCGAUGCUCUGGAAGAGGACCCCGCAUCCAAGAGCUUCUGCUGCCCUCUCUGCCAGUAUGACCCGUGGAGCGUCACCAAGAGCAACGGUCUCAUAUCCCAUCGCAGCCUGGGCCACCCCUCUGCCGCGUCCUCUGCUGCCUCUCCCCAACUGAAACCGAUAGAGAGAACCCUAUCCACGGACCUUACUCCGUCCAUGUACCUCCGAGUGUCGACUCUAGAUCGCAACCCCCGCAGCUCUUCUUAUACUUCCGCUUCUGCUUCUGCCGCUGCUGGUACCCAUGGUGCUGGGGCUGGCUCAAGUAGUGCCAGUGGUGGUGGUGGCGGCGGCGGCAGUGCAAGCAGCAGGAGCAGCGUUGCUGCUGCGGCGGCUGCAGCAACAGCAGAGGCGUUCCCCCAGUUUGUGCGCACCGCAACACUUGACAAUGCCACACUGGGACGGGUGAAGCCAAUCGAGCCAGACAUGGGAUUCGGGGGAACGGUAGGGGGAGGAGGGCUCGGAGGAGGAGGAGGGGGAGGAGGGGCAACAGGUGGUGGUCUUGGUAGCUCUGGCAGCGGUGGUGGUGCGUUCGGUGGGGGGGGGGCAGGUGGAGCGGCAGGGGGUUCGAGAGCGGGAGGAGGGGGGGUGGUGGUGAGUCGGGGGGUGGUGGGGCCGCGGAGGAUGCGCAUGGAGCACUCGCACUCCUCGGAUUUCGACUUCAACCUCCGAACGGGUGCAUCUGCCUUGAACAGCAGCGAACCCGAUGCUGCUGCUGCUGGUGGGAAUGUGAAACACGGGCGGACAUCGAGUGGGGUUGCAGCAGGAGGAGGGGGGGGAGGCGGGGGACUAGCGGAGCGGUCGACCGGAGCAGGGGCAGCAGGAGGCGGAGGUAGCAGUGGGGGAGGAGGAGCUGGAGGAGGAGGAGGAGGAGGAGGAGGAGGAGGAGGAGGAGGAGGAGGAGGAGGAGGAGGAGGAGGAGGAGGAGGAGGAGGAGGAGGAGGAGGAGGAGGAGGAGCAGGAGGAGGGGGAGGAGGGGGAGGGCUGGCAGGGUUAUCACGCACGUCGUCUAUGGAGCUACCCCCGAGUGCCACUGCCACAGGCAGGCGCAAGGGCCUGUCAGGAGGCGGAUCCCUCACUCCCCUGCCUCAGCAGCGUUACCGUGCCGGUGGCGGCUCCCCUCUGGAAUUCCCUGACCUUGACAUUAGGCGCAUCAGCCCCCAGGGCCUCCCCCGCCCCUCCUCUCACUCCUCGCACGUUUCCUCUAAUGCUAUUGCUGCUGCUGCUGCUGGCGGUGGCGGUGGUGGUGGCGGUGGCGGUGGUGGUGGGUUAGGGUCCAGGGAUUCGGAUAAUUAUGGGUUUGCUCCUACUGGUAAUGGUGGGAAUGGUGGAGGGGAAGGGUUUUGGGCUGGAGCAGGAGGAGGAGGGGGAGCAGGAGUGGGAGGGGGAGGGUUGGGUUUGCUGCGCAGUUCCAGUGAUGGGCAUGCGCUGAGCCACGGUCUGGUAACAGAGGCAUCAGCAGCAGGCACGGCUUUCUAUGACGAUUUCUCCCAGUACUCUGGUGAAGGAGCAGCCAUGCCGCGGCGCCGCAGGAACUUUCCCGACGACGACGCGCGCGCACCGGGCAGUGACGAGGAGAACCCGUCCUGUGGUGCUGCCGGCAACGGUGGCGGUGGCGGUGGCGGUGGGGGUGGCGGUGGGGGUGGGGGUGGGGGUGGGGCUGGGGGUGGGGCUGGGGGUGGGGGUGGGGGUGGGGGUGGGGGUGGUGGUUACGGCAUGAGGAGGAGCGGGUCGGUGGGAGGCACGCCGCAGUCGUUUUUCCGCAGAGCCAACUCAUCAGAUGCUCUCGUGCAGAUUGGGUCCUUAGAGCGAGGAGGUGGCAUGAUGGGCAGCGGUGGGGGCAUGGGUGGAGCGCGGGGAGUGGGAGGUGGUGGUGGGACCAGCGGGAUUCCUCAUAUCUCCGAGUUUCUCGGGAUUCUCGAGCCUCUCGACGAGCCUGGGUCGGGUAAUUCCGAGCGCGGAGAAGAGCGCGAGGGAGGCGAGGGCGGAGCAGGAGGCGGCGCAGGGCACAAGGAGCAGCAGGCGCGUGUGCAGGCGGCGGAGAGCGGCGCAGCGCAGGGAGUGUGCGGCUACUGUGUGGAAGAGCGCGAGCGAGAGGCCGCGGUGGGAGGCAGAGCGGCGUUGGGCGGAGGAGAGGAGGGAGAAGGCGCGGUUGAUGUCGAGUCGCGUGGGCGGGGAGCGCGGGAGGAAGCGGCGGAGGAAGGCGAGGAGCGGGUCGUCCUCGGGAAUGUCUCCUGUAGGUGGUGGGGGCGGGGAGAGAAGCGCCUGCCCCAAGAGCCCCUCCGCCUCUCCCGGCAGAGCUUGUCCCCGCUCCGCUCGCGGGCGGAGGGGCUUCGCGCGCAGAUGAACGAUCUCAACCUCGCUGAUGAGCUGGCGGUUGCGCGAGCGUGCGACACGUGGCAUGCCUUGCUUGGUCGGUUGAGGAGUUUGGAUAGAGAUUGUGAGGAUAAGGCCGUCGAAGGGCCGGCAGUAGCGGCGCCGCUGGGGGAAAUAUCGGCGGGGGAAACAGCACCAGGAGGAGGAGCAGUGGGAGAAGCAGUGAAGGGAGCAGCAGCUGUGGGAGCAGCAGCAACGGGUCGCAAGCAGUGCUUGCUAGAGGAGGCAGUGGACUGGUGCAUUGACAGUUUAUCGCGAUGGGACUAUAACGAGACACGAGGGGAAGAGAGUGAUGAUGGUGCGAUGGAGGUUGACGGUGCUGGUGGCAUGACCGAUAUGGGCGAUAGGGGCAAUGUGGGCGGUGGGGGCGAUAAGGGCGGUGGGGGCGACGUGGCACUGGGAGGAGCGAGUGAGGAUGAGGCAGUGAGGGAUGGGGCUGGCGGUGUGAAUGCGAAUGAGAAUGCGAAUGAGAAUGCGAAUGAGAAUGCGAAUGAGAAUGCGAAUGAGAAUGCGAAUGAGAAUGCGAAUGAGAAUGCGAAUGAGAAUGCGAAUGAGAAUGCGAAUGAGAAUGCGAAUGAGAAUGCGAAUGAGAAUGCGAAUGAGAAUGCGAAUGAGAAUGCGAAUGAGAAUGCGAAUGAGAAUGCGAAUGAGAAUGCGAAUGAGAAUGCGAAUGAGAAUGCGAAUGAGAAUGCGAAUGAGAAUGCGAAUGAGAAUGCGAAUGAGAAUGCGAAUGAGAAUGCGAAUGAGAAUGCGAAUGAGAAUGCGAAUGAGAAUGCGAAUGAGAAUGCGAAUGCGAUGGGUAGACUGCUGCGGGGCGAGGCCACUGCAGAGCUGGAGCGCUUGGUUAGUCGCUUGUUGGGGGACAGGAGGCGCGGAGAGAGGGAGAGAAGGGGCGGGAGGGGGAGUGGGGAGGAAGGGGAAGGGCGUGAGGUGGGGGAAGUGGGUGCUGGUUCCGCAGUGGAGAGGGGAGGGAUGGGAGGGAGGCAGUGUGCGGGUGUGGUUCGUGUGGUGGCACUGCUGGAAGAAUGCCUGCUUAUGGCGCACUCUCACUAUGCUGCUGCUGCUGCUGCUGCUGCUGCUGCUGUUGAAGUUACCACUUCUUCUGUUGCUGCUGUUCCUGCUGCUUCUCCUGCUGCUGUUGCAGCGUCGGCUUUGGCAUCUGCUGCUGGCGGUGCGGUGCAGGGCAGCAGGGGGUGCAGGCAGCUGGUUGAACGGCUGGUGUGCAGAGUGCUGGGUGUGUCUGUGUGCGCGCACACACAGAGGGAAGGACAGGGCGGGGAGACGGGAGGAGCAUGCGCCUGCUUCAUCCGGAAUUCGGGAGCAGAGGGCGAAUUACAAGAGAGGAAGGAGGGGAAGGAAGGAGUAGAGAGGAGGAGCGAGGGGAGUGAGGGUCUACAGGACGUUGGGGUGGGAAUGGAUUGGCUUGUCGUGCUUGUAUGUGGCAAGGCCGAGCUCACGGAUGCUGUCCUGGGAGCUCUCAUUCACACAUGCACCUACUCUAGCACAUACACACACCCCUGCGUGUCUCCUUGGGAAUGCAAGGAAUGCAAGGAAUGCAAGGGAAUGCAUGCGUGUGCUGGUGCGUGUGCUGGUGCGUGUGCUGGUGCGUGUGCUGGUGCGUGUGCUGGUGCGUGUGCUGGUGCGUGUGAACGAAGGCAGCCAGGUGCGGCAGCUGCUGUGGAUGGCGCCACGGUGAUGGAGGGAGCUGAGAGUGGACAGGAAGGGCGGCUCAGAAGCCAAGAGGGACAGGAAGGGCAGGAGGAGCAGGCGGGGCCGGAGGGCCAAGAGGGGCAGGGAGGGAAGGAGGGGAAGGAGGGUGUCGGUAUGGGUGUCACUGGGGAUCAGCAGUUAGUUCGCGUCCUCACCAUAUUGGACUGCCUUGCAGCCAGGCACACAUGUCACCAUUGGGCAGCAUUUCUUCACCUCGCAGUGGGAUCAGUGUGCCUCGCCCCCAACGUCCUCCUCGCCCUCUCCUCCUCCACCCCCUCCUCUUCUCCCCCCACUUCCUCCUCUCCUCCUGCCUCGUCCAACGAGUCUCGAACCACGUUCCAGCUUUCGGUCUCACACAAGUUCUCAACCACACACCAAUCUGCAACCACAAAUGAGCACUCGUCCGCGUCUCCUCUGCAGCGCCUGCUGUCCUCCCCCCCUGCCACGCUGCUCCGCCUCUGGCGCUGCUGCUGCCAUGGCGAUGGCGUGGGUGUGAAUGCAGGCAUGGGCAUAGAUGGGGGCGCGGAGACGAGAGGGGCCAGGGGUGUUGGGGUGGAGGGGCAGCAUAGCGGGAAGACGGAUGGGUGCUGUGGGUUGCAGGACUAUUUACCACCGCCUCCUUGUGUAUGCAUUGUAAGGCGUGCUGUGUGCGUUGGGGGAGAGGAAAGGCUGAUGAGAGGGGGUGUGUUUUGGGACGUCGCAU